AUGGCUCCUUUCUCGGGGGACGGCGUGCUAUGGCUAUGCCUAGGCGUCUCUCUAUUUUUUGCCGUGCGUGGCAUCGCCACCGAUCUACGCCAAGUUGUCGAUCUGACCGAGAUCAAACACGUCGAGAAGGAGGACAAGAUUAUUAGCGAGGGAACAGAAGAGGUUCUCAAAUUGGAUACCCUUCUAAAGCUUUCGAGCGGAAGCACCAGCCAUGACCUCCGAGCCGCGGCACUACGAAUCCUCUCCGAGCGAUCAACCAAGGGCGAGACGCGGGACUUGUUACUUGAGGAUCUGUCAAGUAAGGACAAAGUUCGGCAAGACAGAUCAUUGACUGCGCUUUACUUUCUAGUUUCGAACCGGGCUUUGUCUCGAACCUCUGUUACCACUCGGCUCCGAGACAUUGAGACAUACACAGCCUUGGUCAACUGUCUUUGCAAUUUCCUUGAGGAGCAUACCGAGAUAACCACUACGACAAUCUCGCCCAUUCUCCCUAAAACCAGACCUUUGGGCGAGAAGAAGGCACUUCAUGUGUUGAAUGCUCUGCUACCACUUAAUAUUCCCGGGGCACUAGAGGCAGGCAUUAUCUCUCGGUGGCUCAACAGAUACCCAUUCCCGUGCGCACUGCAAGAGCCAGCCCGCCGGCAGGAUAUAGCCAUGCUCAUGAAGACAUGGUGGUCAGACGAUGCGGUCAUGAGCUCCAUAUUUGCGACCCUGGUUACAAAUGCAGAUGCCGUCAAGCAGCUCCGAAAAAGUGGUCUCAUGGGUAGCAUGAUCGAAGAAAACGGCUGCAAAGUUCGCAAACCUCUUAUUUGCUACCUCACUGAUGUACCGACUAUUCAUACAGACGAUGAGGACAAUGAAGGCGAUGACAAUGAUGAUGAAGAUGCCGAAUUUGAUGAUAGCGAUGCUUGGAUGAUAAACGGAGAGGAAACUGCUGGCGAAACUGCCGGAGCGUACUCCGAAUCCCCCUCAAGGAGACACCAAGCGGGCAAUGCGGAGGAGCAAGCUCUUCGUCGACGGCGGAGGGAGGCAAUGGUUCUGAGUGAAGGGGGACGACCAUUCGGGAGAGGGGACAUCAUCCAACGACCUUUCCAGCCUGGAGAAUAA